UGCACGAGGCCACUGCUCAUGUCUGUAUACACUUUUUGUACAGGUACUACAUGACACUGGUACACGUAAAGACCUAGACAUACUCUUAUUUCAUUAUACUUGUUGGAAAAUGAUAUGCUGUGAUGGCAAAGAUGCACGGUGGAUGUGUGACAACUUCGAGAUCUUGUUUGGAGUCCUGGUCUCAGUUCUUGGAGUUUCGGUGGCUUUAAAUGUUUACUUCUGCGCAGCAAAACAUUGUUCAGGGAGAAGAACCAAAAAUGAAUCUAAAAGAAGUCGAACCAAGAAGCAGAUGGAGGAGAACCCUAUCUAUGGAAACCUGACAUUGUCAAACGCACAAACAGACACUGAAACUCCCUUCACUUCCUCUGUGAGAAGAGAUCAGAGAAGAAUCACUGCAGUUUCUCAGGACUGCUACGCUAACCUGAGCCUGCAGAGGGCGCCGUUGAGCUGUGGCCCCAGCGCUCCUCCUCUCGACCCCGCGGACUUGCACUUGCAUCUGGACUUGGAGCAUGCCCCGUACCCGGAGAAAGACCCGGAUGACGCGGAGGUCCGGUCGGCCGUGUCGGACCUGUACGCCUCGGUCCAAACCCGAGCCAAGAUCCUGCGGAGUCCAGACAGCGAAGAAGAAUACGCCAAUCACCUAUGAAUAUGGCGAUCACGUGACCCUCAUCCCUCGUUUUACGUAUUUACAGAAUGUCUCACUCAUUUAUUAUUAAUGAAUGUCACGAACUAUACAUAUUUACAUGAUAAUCUAUAUAUUUUGUUUUCCUGUAAAGAAAUAAACUUUUUUUUUUGGUGUAGCUACUGGUUUUCUAGGUUAUUGUCAUUAGAAGAACCUUAUUCAUAGUUUAGUGUCAUUUUAGACCUGGUUACUUAUUUUAGUGCCAUUUUAGACCUGGUUUAGACCUAAUAUAGUCCUGGUUUAGAUCUGGUUGUGAGUGUGGACACUGUGUGGGUACUUGGUGUGAAAAAUUUGAGAGACACUGGGCUCUGGGAGAAAUGUGACUGGCAUCUUGCAAUUCCAAACUCUCUAUGUGCAUUAUAAUAAAUAAAAAGUGAAAAUUA